UCCAGCUGGGUUUGGUCUGGCAAUCAUCGCCUUCCGAUCCCACCACCAGUUUCACCAAAACACCAAAAUAAACGGACAGUACCGACGUCUGGUGACCGCUUACCGGAGGAUUUACCGCCAUUUUUUUGUGGGUCUGGCUCGGUUUUAUUUACCUACAGCAGCCUACUUUAUUAAUAUUAUUAUUAAUAUAAUUUUUAAAAACAUAAAUAUAGUGUAUAGUUCAUUUCCCUCAUCCCAACCGAAGUGAUGUCCGUCGCGGGGUUGAAGAAACAGUUCCAUAAAGCCACCCAGAAAGUCAGCGAGAAGGUCGGAGGAGCCGAAGGAACCAAACUAGACGAUGACUUCAAAGAAAUGGAAAAGAAGGUGGACGUCACCAGCAGAGCAGUGUUGGACAUCAUGACCAAAACCACAGAGUACCUUCAACCUAACCCAGCGUCCAGAGCCAAGCUGAGCAUGAUCAACACCAUGUCAAAGAUCCGCGGGCAGGACAAAGGACCCGGCUACCCGCAGGCGGAGAGCGUCCUGGGAGAGGCCAUGUUGAAGUUUGGACGGGAGUUAGGGGAGGAGUCAAGCUUCGGUUUGGCACUGAUCGACGCCAGUGAAUCGAUGAAGGAGCUCGGGGAGGUGAAAGACGCUCUGGACAUGGAGGUCAAACAGAACUUCAUCGACCCGUUGCAGAACCUCCACGACAAAGAUCUCAAAGAGAUACAGCACCAUUUGAAGAAGAUGGAGGGCCGUCGUCUAGACUUCGACUACAAGAAGAAGCGUCAAGGGAAAGUCCAGGACGACGAUCUCAAACAGGCGCUGGAGAAGUUCGACGAGAGCAAAGAGAUCGCGGAGCAGAGCAUGUUCAACCUCCUCGAGAGUGAUAUAGAGCAGGUGAGCCAGCUGGCAGCGUUGGUUCAAGCACAGUUGGAAUACCACAGCCGCUCUGCUGAAAUCCUCCAACAGCUCUCCAGCAAGAUGGAGGAAAGGAUCAAAGAAGUGUCCAGUAAACCGAGGAAGGAGUACGCUCCCAAACCCAGGAUGACCCUGGAGUUGCUGCCCCCCAGCGAAAACCAAAACGGGGGGAUUCACUCUGCCAAAUCGCCAGGAAGAUCACCAGCUCCCAUGGACCAGCCGUGUUGCCGAGCACUCUACGACUUUGAACCGGAGAACGAAGGCGAGCUGGGCUUCAAAGAAGGCGACAUCAUCACCCUGACCAACCAGAUUGACGACAACUGGUACGAAGGCAUGAUCAAUGGCCAGUCGGGAUUCUUCCCAAUCAACUAUGUGGAUAUCCUAGUGCCACUCCCUCAUUAGGUACCGCCAAUGACCUGACCUUUUCCCCCCCGACCAAUCAAGACAUCCCCAGAAACAGCUUGUAUUUGCGUAAACAACAAACCACGCCCUUCUACUUCUGUGCUUCUGUGCGAUUCCGCUUUCACAAAACGGACUGAAACGACUGCGACAGAGAAAGAGACAGGAUGGAUAAGCUGGGGCGGUAGUACAGUGAUUCUCGGACAGGAAGUGUUGGGAGAUGCAGAAGAGAGGAAUUCAAAGAGAUGGUGAUCUUUUACUGCACAGUGCUCACUCAGCAGUGCUCCGCUCGGCCAGGCAGCACCGGAUCCCAAUGAAGCAUUGGAGACUUAUGAAUAAGGCACGGUGUGUAUGUACGUGCAUGUGUGUGUCUUUAUGUGCGUUUUGACCUGUUCUUACUCUACUAUGAUCAAGCCAGCACAAAUUCCUGCUCGACAGUUAAACUGCCUGACAGCUUUCUUGGUGAUACUGUCUUCUUGCUGUAUUUCUCUAAAAGUACUUGUGUCUUUUCUACCUUGACAUGCCUUCUUUUUCUCUUCUUCAGCCCUAGAUUUCUGCACUUUCUAUCUUUGUUCCUUCCCUCCUUAGCUAGCACUGCCUUUCAGCAUGGCUCCAUGACGUAAACAGACCUCUAACCCAUGAUCCAGACUUAACAGUGGGUCAUCCGACCCUCCUGUUUUUGUUUUACUCAGACUUUUCUAACAUACUAAUUUUUUCAAGAGUCUGCAUUGAAUCUCCACUUAGUGGCUAUAUGCAUGAACCAGCCAAUCAAGGAAUGGGGUGAUAAAACACCUGCAAAAUGCAGUUCUCAAAGAGGUAUCUUUGGGAUAAAGCAGUAACUGCAAUAAGUAGCUUUUCCAGAAUGAAGGUGAGAAUACGUGUUUGGAAACCCAUUGAUCUUAUAAUGGGGAAGGGGCAGGUUUUUAAGGUUUUCGGGUCAGGAAACUAGUUAAUUCUGUCAUUCAGCAUUUCAGGAAAAGCAUUGAAGAGGGAAGGUUGGGGAUGAUCGACCCAACAGCAGCGAUAUGCUAACACAACCAGCACAGGCCAGUUUUUGAUAGGUUGUUGAACAGUUACCUUAUCCGUUUUACAAUGGGCAUCUGUAUACUCUUCUAAGUUACUGGAUCACAGUGUUUUGUGCGUACUGUGUGGAGUAAAUGCUUGUCGAUUUGUUAUAUCUGUGGCUUUUGCAUGCAAGACUGCGUGACGAUGUGUAGCUGUUCUAAAGGUCCUGUUUUAAAGUUUUCUACCUUUGAUUAGUUGAAGUCCAAACAUACCAUACCCUCUUCCAAGAUCCCUUAACUCCAGUAAACAUUGGAUACCUCAAAUAUAUUCUUGAAUGCUGACAACAUUGUGAAACCUUUGAAUCAUCUCCAGCUCUCUAUGUCUUGGAAUCCACCAAUGCCACCUUGGCAGCAAGUACAGUAUAACAGUUAGAACUUGUUCUGAUCUACAGAAUUUUGAAGAGUCUUGGUACAACUUCUCCAAUCCC